UCGCCCCACUCCCUCCCGAUGCUAGCACCGUCGGGCUUGGAUGUGGGAGCGUAAUGGCGGUGCACCGGGGACCCUCUACGAAAUGGCUCUUCACCCGGGAGCAGCUCGAAAACACGCCGUCUCGUCGCAGCGGAAUAGAGGCCGACAGGGAGCUCUCUUACCGGCAACAGGCCGCCAACUUAAUCCAAGACAUAGGCCAGAGACUCAACGUAUCGCAACUGAUUAUCAACACUGCUAUAGUAUAUAUGCACAGGUUUUAUAUGAUUCACUCCUUCAGCAAAUUCCAUAGAAAUGUCAUUUCUCAGACUACGUUGUUCCUGGCAGCUAAAGUUGAGGAGCAGCCCAGAAAGCUGGAGCAUGUCAUUAAGAUAGCCCAUGCCUGCAUUAACCCACAAGAGCCUGCCCUAGACACUAAGAGCAAUGCAUUCCAGCAGCAGACACAAGAGCUUGUAGCACUGGAAACGAUAGUGCUGCAGACGCUGGGUUUUGAAAUAACAGUUGAUCAUCCACACACAGAUGUUGUGAGGUGUUCCCAGCUAGUGCGAGCAAGCAAGGAUUUGGCACAGACUUCCUAUUUCAUGGCUACCAACAGUUUGCACCUCACCACCUUCUGCCUGCAGUACAGGCCCACAGUCGUCGCAUGUGUCUGCAUCCAUCUGGCCUGCAAGUGGUCCAACUGGGAGAUCCCUGUGUCUACAGAUAGCAAACACUGGUGGGAGUACGUGGACCGCACUGUUACGUUACAGCUGCUGGAUGAGCUCACACAUGAGUUUCUGCAGAUCCUGGAGAAGACUCCUAGCAAACUGAAAAGGAUACGAAACUGGAGGGCUAUUCAAGCAGCUAAGAAGCCAAAGACGGAGGGCCCCACAGUGGAUAGUGCCUUCCAGGGGACGUCCUUAGAUGGCCUUCCUGGUGUCACCAACUCCUUCUUCCCCUCCACCUCAUCAGACUCUUCAGACAUGCCCUCCCUUCAUAACAUUGCAGCCUCCUACGCCUCCUACCAGCCACUGAGCGAUCAGUCAAAGAGCUGCGGCUACGACCAGUUCUCCGAGCCCCACCUUUCAGACUUCACGCUGGUGAAACACGAACACAAAGCUGCAGGUGGAUCUAGCAGUAAACACCAGCAGCUCAGUACAAACGCCACCACUUUUUCACGGCCGCAGAAAGUCUUGACUCUGGAAAAGUACAGAGAGAAACAUGCAGCGGAGAUGGCCUUGCAGAACGGUAUUAAGGAUGAGCCGGGCACAGACAUGUACGCACCUCCCCCGGCUCUCUCCUCGCACCACCACAAGAAACGCUCUCAGCCACAGCAGGCCGGCCAGUCAGGUGACAGCAGGCGAGAUAAGACCAGCUCUAAAAAGGCUCGGUUGCCUCCCUCUUUCAGUGAGAACGGCUCCGCCACAAGUGAGGAGCUCAAGAUGAGAAUCAAAGUUUCAUCAGAGCGUCACGGCGGCUCAGAGCAGGGCGGGACUCUGCCUAGUAAAGACAAGCACAAAGAGCACAGCAGCCACCGUCACUCAAAACACGGCCACUCACACCCUUACUCCCUCAGUGGAAACAGCAGAGGGACAAUAGAGAACUCUUCCUUAUCUAUACGAGCUUCUGACGUGGGCUCCUCCAGCUCGUCUCGUAAGAGGCCCCACUCUGACGCUGGUAACCAUAACCACCACCACCACUCGUCCAAGAGCAGCAGGAGCUCCAAAGGAGGGCUCAGCUCGUCCCACUACGUGUCAGACGGCGGCCAGAGGAUGAUGGAGCACCACGGCCACGACGGAACCAACGGCAUGCUGACCUCUAACGGCCAACACACUGACUACAAAGACACUUUUGACAUGCUGGACUCUUUACUAAGUGCCCAAGGAAUGAACUUGUAACCCUCGGAGAGUCGGCAGUGUUGUCUAGAAUAAGGUAUUACCAUGUUUAAUAGAAUUUUAAAAAAGAAUUUAUUUGUCUUAAGUUAUCUGAAUUCUGCAUCGCCCUCAGUCGUGUCCACACACUGAUUACUGAUGAUUCUCGUUAAGCUGUCAGAAAUGUAAAAUUAUAUGCAUAGAGCUGUGUACUACUAGCUUGCAACAAAAAAAGAAUAAGUUUUGAGAAUGCGGCUGGAAUAAUGAAAUUUUAAACAUUCUUUUAACGCGAGCUGACUAUGAUUUUAAUGUGCAUGUUUUCAGUCACAAAAGGGAAGACAAAGCUAGUGUUCGCAGCCAUCGUGACAGUUUACAGACAGUUUUGUUUUUAGGUUGUUUUUUUUUUUUUGUAUGUUGAGACAUUUUGUUCCACUGAAAAUCUCAGGUCUUGAACUUUUUUGAUAUAAGAACGAAUCUUCCUCUGUUUGGGUUUAGUACCUGUAUCUGUGGAGAUGUAUCACUUCGUCCAUUUGCUGACGACGACGGCAGAGCUUCGGUAUCUGUCUUGGGAAACACGGUCUGCUUAUAGUUCCAAAAAAACAAAACAAAUGUGAGGCAGAAUUCGCUGUCUAUUGGGACUUCUAAGGCCGCACCUGAACUUAAUGUGCAGACUCAAUAUAGAGCUACAAAUGAAGUUUACGUUACAUCUGCUGUGAAAGUGCAUUUAAGAUAUAUCGGCUAAAAUUGCAAAAAGGCCUUGUGAUUGUACCUUGUCAAUCGCUAUACAGUAUAAAUGUUAUUAACUAUCAGAAAAUACAGAUCUCUAAAAUAAGAUUGUGUAUAUAGGACUGUAGUUCAGAUUUCAAUCUGUUGGUUUAUUGCAUCAGUCCAAACCUUCCUCCAUUCAGUGUAUCAUGAGAUCUAAAGCAGACUCUGUAUUGAUGAACAUAUCCUCGAUUUGUGUAUUGGGAGCCCAAAUAAAGGUGUAAAAGUGAUUUUUACACAUCACAGUGA